AGAUGUUGAGUGCACGAAGACCUACAACCGUGACAAGAGUGAUACCAGUCCCCAAAGACAAAGUUGGACAUGUCAUAGGAAGGAGAGGAUCAAGAAUAAAGGAAAUCAGGGAGCAAACCGGAGUCCAGAUAUCAAUUAAUAAAGAAAAUCAAGCGCUCUUGAGAGGCACGGCAGAACAAUGUCAAAAUGCGGAAAAGAUAAUAAAGGAAAUCGUGACGGUAAGAGCUCAUUAGUGGGAAAAGGAGGCUGAGUGUCUGUAUCUAACUCAGUGUCAAUUGAAUCAUCAAAUCGCUGAGCUGUUCUAGAUUCAAUACAUUGGAUGCUUAAACUUAAAUCAAAGAAAUAAGAGGGUUGUAAAUCCCUCACAAAAAAUAUCGAUAUGUAAGUCGAGAGGUUUGACUGUAAAACUCUUAAUGAGCUCCUCUUUUUUCUGUAUUUAGAUUUUUACUGCUUUGAAAGUAGGUCUUUUUAUAAAAUGUAAAUGUAAGAUUUGUAUGGAAUGAAGUGACUAUCUUACUGCAAGUUUUCUUCAGCCUGCUGCUUUUAAACUCUCUGGAUCCGUCGUUGAACUUCCCUUAAUUUCAUCAGCUACCCACCAUUCGAAUAUUACUGAUCACAUAUGUCAUUCAUAUGAAUUCUCAAGAGUUUCAAAGCUUGUGUGUAUUUUCUCUCCCUGGGUUUUUUUUAAGUCUAGAUACGGUUAUGUCUUUGUUCUGACCCGUAGGGUGCUCAAGACAACGAAAAAGGCGGGUUCAAGAAGCUCCACGUUGAUAUACCUGACAAAUUCAUGGGUGUUGUCAUCGGAAAAGGAUAUGAGACGUUGAACAAUAUCUCAACUAAGACUGGUGUAACUCUAAAAGCCUUCAGGGGCAGCCCUGGCCUGUACUUCAAAGGAUCAAGAGAGGUCGAAAAAAAAGCAAUACGAGAAAUAAAGGAAAUUGUGGUGAGUGUGUACUGGUGUCCCUGUGUCAUCAUCCUUUCUUAUGAUUGGUUGUUGUGAUCAUGUUGGUUUUGAUUUUACGACACAGGAUCCAAAUCCACCCAGAAGACCUCUUUUAUAACUGCAGGCAUAAUUAUCAAUCUUUCUGCGCAAGUGAAAAAAAGGACUCGAAGGGUCAUACUCUUAACCUCCCCUUAGGGGAAAAAUUCUAUUGUUAUUUUCCAUAUGUUGUCAAGGCCAUGAAGGCUAAUUUACAGAAAUGUAAUAGAAUACAAAUGAGACUACCCCUUUUAAGAGAGACAUCUUAAGUCCUCGUAACAAAGAUAAUCCCUCUUCAAAUUCUCUUAAAAUUUAAGAUAUGUUCCGGUGCUACUUGAAUGUUUUGGUGAAGAACGAUUGAGGAUUUCAGCGUGGGUUACCUUCGCGACAUGACAUCACACUUUCCUCUGGGGGAUCUCCAAAAACGAAAGUGAGCUCAAGCAGGCUCUCGUUAAGAAAAUUAGGGGUUCAGUGACCUGACAGCAUUCUUGGUAUUGUGCAUAAGUCUGUCGUGAUACAACAUUAGCAAUUAACGGUUUUCCUUUUAUUUAAGAAUCUUGCAAUGAAACGUUCACAGAACGUUAAACCUCCAGCAAGGUUUGUUUAUGUGGACACUGCUCAGCUGGAAGAAAACCACGAGUUUGAGCUGCAGGCGUUACAAUCAGAUCAAGUCACCGGCUAUGAAAAUAAGUCUUUCCAACUGAAGCCACUGGAACAUCCUUUAGGAAAGGUCUGCCCGAUUUUGCGCUUAUCUUGUAUGAAAACGACUGUCUAACCCCAAACUAACCCCUAAAUAAAGAAAAUUAUUCAUGCCUGCAGACAUAAUGUAAAUGUUACUGCUCAGAAAAUUAAUCACUCAAAAUCUCAGCAACACAGUUUAAACUACACCAUUCACUAUAUAUAAACAUUUCUAAUUUCACACGAUGAGUAGGUAACUGAAGGUUUCAUAUUGCAAGUUCGCCCUCCUACGUGUUCGCUGUAAACCCCCACAUGAAAAAGAAUUACAGCCCUAGAACAAGACACUAACUACAGAAAUUCUCUAUUUCUGUACUUGCUCUCAUCAUAUUUUGUCUCGCCUUUGUCAAAACAUUUCUAUAAACCAUUUCUUUUAUUAAGAAAAAAUUCAUAUUGCAUGCUUAUAACUUCGGAAAGCUUGAUUUUUCAAUAAGUCAUAUCGCACAACGACUUUUGAACUGAGAGGAAUCGACCACAACGUCUAAACAAAGUGAACAUCCCAAGCAAUAAAACAACCAACAGUUAUUACAAAAGACAUUACAAUCAUCUUGUUUCUUAAUAGGAAACAGAUGAUUUUGCUGACACGGACCGUCUGAAAGAAAAGAUCCGUGGAGUUUUAGGGCAAAUUCACAAAGACAAGGAGGAAGGGGGCAAGGUUAAGAUAGACAUGAAGAGUCGUUUCGGUCACGCCUAUAUAACCAAGAUUGAUGAAGGUGAGAAAUGGGAAAAGGGGGGACAACAUAGCAGAGGGACAAGGAGCGUAUGAAUUAAUCAAAAAGUCUGAUGAAGUAUCUUGAAUUUAAGUCGAAGAUUAACGAAAAUGCCUGGUUCUGUAACUAACAUAAGAUGUAAUGUGGAGGUGUUAAUCUAAGAUUUUCUUUCUUUUGUUUCUCUGUACUGCAGAAGAAGAGAAAGAUACUUUUACUCUGAAGGAGAUCAAAGAAAGAGUUGAAUCUACGUAUGGCAAGAGUUGGAAGCCCUUCUUCAAGGCAGGCGUCUUAAGAAUAGAAGUUGAGGAAAUUGAGAGGGGCCUUGAAUCUUUCACAGCAACUGACGAUAUCAGAUAUGACUUCACAUUCUACACUCCUUCUUGCCGAGAUAUUCGUGCUAAGGUAAUUUAAAUCUGUAAAUUGAGUAAAUAAGAGCAUCCAUUUAUAUCGUAAGAUUCUUUUCAUCAUCUGAUGCUGGAUUUGGAUUGUCCUUUUCUGGUAAAAAGACUUUUCACUUCUGAUCAAACACUUUUGAGUAUCGCCAAAGAGGAAUCGAAAUGAAGAGGGGUAUUCUGGUUUAUAUCUGCAAGGUUCAGUGAAAACGAUACGGUCUUGAAGGAAUCCGGAAAGUUUGUUCUUAAGAUCUCUUAAACUAUAUUCUAGCCUCUUAAUUAAAGGAAUAAGUCUCCCAUAGCUGAGGAACUGAGACACCGAAAAACUGUCUCUUGUUUUAGAGAAGCCUGUCUACUUCCCUGAAUAAAGACUGAUUGGAAUUAGUUUUCAAUUUACCAAAUUUUCUUGUUUCUCUCUUUAUGCCAGGUAUGGCUGGUGGAGGAACAUUCUGAGGACGAGGGUGCCACGGCUCCUUCGCUAAUGUUCUCUCGCAAUGCUCCUAUUCCUGUCAAAAGCGUCUUGACUCGUGUGUCAUCCGAAGACGAGACCGGAAGUACAUCGAACGAACCAUGUUUCCAUAUGUGUUCUCAGUUUCAGCAAAGAAUGAGAGCAGACAUUUUGAUACCUUCCAAGGGAUUUGACUGCCGUUUGUCAAUAAGAACAUGUGAGUCUGUGAAGUAUGACAAGAAAGACGUAAUAAACAGCUUCUCACAGCUCUCAGCGGCAUUAACUUUUAAUUUCAUGAGUUUUUUAAUCGCGGAUGGAAAACUUACCGCGAAUGACAUUAAAAGAGGAAGAAAAAAACAAAAACUGAAGAGCGAAACACUUGAUGAUAUUUGCCAUCAGUUUUACCGCCCAAAAAUAAUGAAUGAAUGGAGCUUACAGCACUAAGUAGUUUUUUUUACUCCAUAAUUUAUUCUUCUGAACUUCAGAAGAAAAAAUCAUGAAGUCAAAAACGCUCAACUGUGUAAGGGACUAGUUUUCAAGGAGAGUAACACUGAAAAAAAUAACGGAAGGAAUCAAGUAUGGGCUUUUGUCUAACAUUGUCGUAUAAUGAUAAAUAAACCUCACAUUGUCUCAAUUAAAAGUGUAUCCUUGUAUUUCUGUCAAGAUCCAAAUAUUCCGCAGACACCGGAGGCUGAAGAGGAAAACAGAAUUCUUGAAAGUUACUUGAUGAACAUGAAGAUUGAUCAAGGUCAAUUGAAGUUACCACCGAACUCCGAGAUUCCAGAUGGAUUUGACCUUUUUUACCAGCGUCGCAGUCUGAGAAGAACAUACCAGUGCAGAACGACGGAUGGAGAAAAGUUUGCUUUGACCGUUUGUAAAGACCAAGCUAAAAACGUGAAUACUGAUCACAGUGAUGUAGGGAGCUUCGACGAAACAGAAGUAAAGGUACGUAUCACUACAAUCAAGCUAUGCUUUCUCGUCGUCCAUGUUAGUCAUACACCGCUAUUUGUGUUAUGAUCCGUGUCACUCGUCUACAGUUGAUACCUGACAGUCAUUCAGCAUGUCGAUAAAUUAAAACAUCCGGAGGACUUCGGCCAGUCAGUGUGCCAGUCAGUCUGCUAGUCAGCCAGUGAAACAGUGGGUGUUCCAGUUAGGCUGUCAGCCAGUCUGCUGGUCAGCUAAUUCGAAAGUUGGCCAGUCGGUUAGUUAGUCAGUCUGUUAAUCAGCUACUCAGAUAAUCACGGUCUGCAAACCAAUAAGUCAGGCAGCUUGUCAGUUAGUCAAUUAGUCAGCCAUAUCAGUCCAUGAGCUAGCCACUACGCCAGCCAGUCCGCCAGUCAGUCCGCCGGUCAGUCCGUUAGCCAGUCCGUUAGCCAGUCUGCCAGUCAGUCCUCCUGCAAAACAUUCAGCUAGUCAGCCAGUUGGUCAGUCAGUCACUCAAUUCGUCAGUCAAUCAUUCAGAGAGUCAAUUUGGUAUCAUGUUCAACUGAGAUUAUAACGUAAAUUGACCGUUAAGAGUAUCAAAGCUGACGUUUCGAGUGUUAGUCCUUCAUUAGCCCUGACGAAAGUUUCACGCUUAAAACGUCAGCUUUGAAACCAGUUAGCUUGGUUGUUUCGUUAGCGAUUGACUAUCCUACAUUUUAAGUCCUUUGGUCAUAUGUUUUGAGUAAAAGGAAGUGUUAAGGGCUUUAAUAUUUUUUUAAACUGCUUAAUUUUGUUUCGAUUUCGUAUGAAAAAGACGGACAUUCAUCUGCAUUGUAAAGAAUGGGAUGAAGCUUUUGAUGAAGGAGCCUGGGAACCAGAGCAGAUCGUUGCUAAGCUACCGAAGUUCUUAAAAUUCCUGAGACAAGUUCAGUCACACGUGGCCCCACAUGGAGAGGCUAUAGGAGACUAAGUUUAGCCAAAAGCAAUUUAAGAGCAAGAUUAAAUCUAUGAUACGUAUAGAGAUCAAGAACUAAAAUGUGAUAGAUUAACUAAAUGUGAAUGCUCUUCAAUCCACGGCUAAAGAAGACGUCAUUACCAUCCUACGCAACACGUGCUUGGUGCAAGGAUGCAACAACACAACUUUGGGCGCCUCAUGGACAGUGGAAAACAUUUUCUUUAAAUUUGUAAAUACAAAAAAACAACUGAAAUUAAUAGCAAGAAAGGCUCCACUUUUUGAGAUAGAGUAUUUUUGUAAGAGAAGUCAUCCAGUCACACGCAGGAGAAAAAAACUCUGUUUAUCUUUCCUGUAGUACUUGCGCACCGUUUAUAAUUUGAUUUUAGUGAAUUUGUACAUCCUAGAAUGUAAAAUCCUAACAGCAUUUAAUUGCACCAUCAAAGCUUGAUGUUUUGAGAAAGAGUAUAGAUAAUGUUUAUACAAGGUGUGUGCCACCCUUACAUGGUUUGUAUAAUGGCCCUGUUAAAAACUAAAUGCAAUGAACUGAAUAACAAAAAAAAAAAGGAAAAAAAACAGCAUAUGAUAAAAACCUACAUCAGAAGUAUUGUCGGCUCCUUGCGACCAACUUUCGCGUGAGCAGAUACGUUUAUGAAUUCACAAUGGCACUCUCCAUUAGGGAAGAGUAAACGUCCCGCUUUGCAUUCAAAGUCUCUUGGUUUUGAUUAAAAUUGCUUCAUUGAAAAAGCUGUCUGAAGUUUUGUAAAACUUUCAGAGUUUGGUUUUUGAUAAUUUUAGUUUCAAGUAGAGUUUGUCACCAAUCAUCAUAUAAAUGAGAACUAGUUUGGCAAGGACUAUCACGACAAUGUUUUCUUCAAAAACAGCCAAUGAUCUAACUGAAAGUAUUAUUCACUCUCAUCGACGAUUAACUCAUGUACGAAGAUUUACCUCUGUUCAUUAUGAAAACGGCGAGGAAAGUAAUUGUAAGUAAAAUCAAAUUUUUUAUUUUGCAGUUGUGAGAGUUUGCUCGUUUUUUUGCUGCAAUAGCGUGUGUUAAUGUGGUCUUUCCUCCAAAAAAACUAAAUUCGAAUGAUAGACUCCGACACGACACAAGGGGAUUUAAUGCGGCUUUUUCUCAUUAAAUUCCUUCAGUUUCUGUUGUACAGUUUACGGCACAAAUGUCCAACUGAAAUUGAACGGACUUGGAAAGACUCACCAAGAGCGUAUAUUUAAUGUGGAACUGAAAUUAAAACUUCGCUUACCCUUUCACUACGAACAAAUUGUUUGAAAAAAUUCAGAUAUUAAAUGAAUGAAAGUUCAAUCGAUUAGUUCAACUGUAACCACAUACCUCACGUUUUAACUUUCUAGGUACUUUUUGUUAACAGUUAAAAUUGAUUGCAGACGGUUUUUAGGCCUCUUGUCAACCAACGUAAUGAC